AUGCCGGAGGUGACAGACUCUACCUCCACAGCAGCGCGAGUGGUUCUCACCUUCGACUGUUCGUAUAGCCAAGUCGGCGAGGUCUGCAAGAAUAUGUGCUACGCCGUCAACUGCAAGCGCAAAGCCAAAAACCUAACCUGGGAUAAGCCCAAUACCAGCAAACAGCGCGAACGGAGCUCGAAAGCUGGGUGUGGGUCCAGCAACCGGUGCAGCAAAUCGCCCUACGGAUCGGGCUAUCAGUGUGACGAGUUUCCGUUCAAGUCAGUGCGCGAGGCGGACCGGGGAGGACAGUUGAAUCGGUGUGUAUUGGCGCGGUAUAAUCGACGCCAAGGCCAAUACCUCCGCGACUACUACAACUCCUACGGCGAAUUCCGCAACAAAGGGCGCGACAAGAAAAGCCCUUGCCAGUACACCAUCGGGUUCAAGAACGAGAAGCGACUGGAGUACUGCAAGGCGCGUCCUAAUUGUCGUAACGACGGUAACGAGCACACUAAAAGCGGACCGGCCACAGUCGACGGCGACGAGGUGAGUGUGGACGAAUAUGUUGGGGGUUAUUAUCGGGUGACCUCGGGAGAUGUUAUUUAUGUUCCUGGUGGGGCGGCUGUGGGGGAUGUGGUGCUUCAGGCGACGUUCUCCAAUGCGUCUGUGCCUAUUGUAGAGGAGUAUGGAGAAGAGGUGGACGAUGAAGAAUAUGUGGUUUCGGAGGACAGAGUUGUGGAGGAGGUAAAGGGGGAUGAUCAGGACAAUUGA